GGGCUGGCGGGAGGUGUCCCUGCCCGUGGCUCUGAGGUCCCUCCUGACCCAAACCGGCCUGGGAUUCUGUGAAACCCCCUGAGAGGAACAGGGGGGUGGACGCCGGAACGGGCAGCGAGACUUUUCCCGGUUCGGGUUUUGAGGAAAUCAUGCUGAAACGCCGAGAAAUUCAAACCCGGCGUUUUGCCUCCUGCAUGCCCAGCAGGACUGGGAGCCGUGACGGACGCAGCGGGGAGCCCGGGGGGUCCCCGGCAGCCCUGCCCCCCGGCCGGGCCGGGAGAGCGGAGGGCGGGCACCCCGAGGAAAAUCGCUUUUAUCUCAGCUCCCAGCACGUCCGCACGGCUGCCUGCCUGUCUGUCUGUCUGUCUGUCUGUCUGUCGGUCCGUCAGCUGCCCAAUGGGGAAGAUGCAUUUAAGCUGUUUUAUUAAUUAGCAGUAAGAAGAGCUCAGGUUGUGCCGCAGGGGCCGGGACAGAACUGAGGAGCCCUGGGCAGGGCAGUGACUGUGAGGGACAGUUUUAAGCACUGAACGGGCAUUCGAUCGAACCGUUGCGAAGGACAACUCAUUAGCUGUUGGCUUCUUUCAAAGAGGGUUUGUCCACCUGCAGUUGGAAAUGUAUGAAGCAGCUCUCUCUGACUAUCAUAUGGCCUUCAGUCAUCUGAGAAAGAAUCCCUUCAUUGAUUACAAGCAGCUGGGGCUGAGGCACAUACUCUAUGCAUGGGAGGUGCUGUACAGCCUGGCGGCAGCGCAGUGCCGCCUGCAGCAGUGGCAGGAGGCCAGAGCCACCCUGGAGAAGGCUGUUGUGUGGAGACCUGAGGGAAGAACAGCCAUCCUGGACACGGCCCUGGAGCGGGUUGAGAACCACCUGUUCUUAGAGCCUAUGCAGGUUCCUCUGGGGGAAUUUUUCAGACCACGAAAGAAGGAAGUUGAACAGCUGGACUCAAAAGAUUUCCUGGGUAAACCCAAGGUGAUCUCAUCCAUCAUUCCCAAUGAUGAAUACUUUGGCUUCGAGCCUCUCAGGCCUCAGAAACAGGGCUUUUAUGAACCCAGCGCUGAUGCUCUGCAAGCCAGUGAGUCAGGCUACUGUCAAGUUGUGUCCCACUAUUGCCCUGAGGACUUGGAGAAUUUGGCAGUGAAAGCCAAGAGCUUGGUCUUUGUGCUGGCGCGAGGAGCGGACGGUUGGGCUACAGCCAUAUAUGAUGGACAGAAGCUGCGAAUACCCUGCUCUCUCCUGGAGCCUGCCUCAAAAAUGGAUAAAUGGAAGAUCAGUGAUGGGAUUCCCCUCCCUCCUGCCCAGGUGCCUCCCAGCCGACUCCAUGUGAAGCAGAUACCAGAAUCUCCUGAGGGAAAAAAUGCCUCUGCAAAUGAUGCUGGUGCCCAAACAGACUUCAAGGUGCCACGGGGCGCGGGCAGCCCCGCGGUGCUGCGGGUGCGCUGCGAGGCCAGCCUGGUGCUGCGGGAGGUGCCCACCCUGCCCGAGCUGCGGGCGCUGCUGCGGGAGCGCCUGGCCCGGCUGGCGGAGCGAGGGAGGCUGAGCUACAGGCGUUCGGAUGGCAAAGAGCUGGGUGCAGUUUUAGGAGAGGAGGAUCUGGGGAAGAUGUGGCAGCAGCUGACAGAUGGCAGGCUGACACUCUGCUGCCAGGACUCUGACACGCACUCAGGCAGACCCGUCCUCUAUCGGAUGCUGGCUCAGCACUCCUACCCUGCGCAGGGACCGGGGGACCUGGCGUUCAGCAAGGGAGACCUGCUGGACAUCCUCUCUGAAGUGAAUGAGGACUGGCUUGAAGGACACUGCAAUGGCAAGACUGGCAUCUUCCCCAAGUGCUUUGCAACCCAGACCAGUUGUGGUGCUGCCUUCCUAUAGUGAACAGAAGCCUUUUCCUGCCCAGCUGCUCGUCUCCCAGCACUGGGACACCCCAGUCCCAGCUCCUUUGGGCUACAGCCAGCCCAGCCAGGAGCUCCGCUGAACCUGGGCAGGAGAUGUACCCGCUCUUAGAUCCCACGGGGUCAGUUCCAGCAGUCCAACAGCAUUUUCUACAGCUUGUUCCCAGACCUGUGCUUACACUGCCAAAGAUGUGCCCCUGCAGAGCAAAGAGGGGGAAGGAUCUGGUGUUUGGCUAUGGGAAAUGUCCAUGUGGCAGCUCAGACUGCUGGGUGAGAAGAGGUUCCUCUGGAUGGAGGUCUUUGCUCCUUCUCCCUUGUUGCUCAAGUUCAGGCUGGGAAGGCUGAGCCUCACCCUAUGAAGCCAAGGAUAGCUGCUUGAUCAGGAGGCAGAGCCCAGUUCCCCAGGCCCUUGGGCCCUAUAUCCUUAUCUCCACCAGAGAGAUGUUGCUCUUUGGGAAGGCCUCUGUAACCAGUUUGCAGUGGGGUAUGUGGGGUAACACCUUGGGGUAGGACCACCAUGCUUCAUCUUCCACAGCAAGUACACCGUGGAUCUGCCAGAGCCAAAGGGAUCUUAGCAUCCCUCAGCCCAGAUGCCUUUGGUUCUUUUCUUAGGGCCUUAACUCCUGCCUGGAUGUUACUGCUCCACGCUGCAUGGGCAGGAGUUUUGCAGCACAGAGGAAGCUGUAGGAACAGCCCUGCUCAGCCCAGCUUUGGAGCCUCAGGGGGGCUGGGCUGGAAGGACUGAAAUGAGUGUCUGGUUCCUGCAGCAGAGCUAUGCUGGGCUCUGCUGGUCUAAAUAAAACACUAAAGUGCCUGGAACCUGCUGGGGAUUUGGUGUCUGACAAAGCUGGGCUGUGUAACUUGAAUAUACAAUAAACCCUGAGCCAGAGUUGGCAGCU